CUUAAAACUAGAAAAAUAUUUUUUAUUUUAAAUUUAAUAAAUUUAAUAACUAAUAUUUUUUUAAAUUUUAAAUUGGAAAAUUAUUUUGAAUCUAGUAACCUUUCAACCAAUAACCAAUAACCAAUAACCAAUAACUUUAGCCAAUAACUCUUUAACAUCCACCAUCAAUGGAUAACAAGAAGCGAAUUCGUACUACUCCUGAACAACUAGCAUUAUUAGAAGAUACAUUUAAAACUAAUCCCUCUCCAAAUAGUAAAAUUCGUGAAGCCAUAGCUGAAAAGCUAAACAUGUCUGAGCGUUCAAUUCAAGUUUGGUUUCAAAAUCGCCGAGCUAAAAUGAAGACAAUGCAAAAACGUACUUAUUUAAUAAUUAGUAAUAAUGAUAAAAUAUCUGUAUCUCAACAUCAACCUCAAUCUCAACAGUUUACAUUGCCUGAAGAAUUCAUUACUUUGUCUUUUAAUAUCAAUAACAAUACAUCAUUAGUUUCACUUAUUUCAUGUGAGUAUCUUACAAUAGGAACUUGGCAUUGCAUUCUAACAAUGUCAUCUCUGUGUUAUUAUACCUUACCUCAGAAUAUAUUAACUUAUCAUAUUACAAACGAGAAUAUUGAAUUUAAGAUGGAGUUUUCACUUUCUGAUGUCUUUUCGGUUGAAUAUCAGCCUAUUGAUAAUAUUUAUUCACAAAUUAUAAUUGAAGUUAAAGAAUCACCUUCCUUUUAUAUGAAGUCAAAUUAUAGUGAAUGGAAUACAUGCAAAGAUUUUACUGAAGAUAAACAAGCAUCUCGGCAUAUGAUACAUAUAUUGAAAGGUUGUUCUAUUUUAAUAAAACCACAACUUAUUAAACUUAUGCAAGAUGAUCCAAACCUUGCUAAAGUUGUAACAAUAUUU